CAGCCCGCCUCGCUCUUUUCCCAUCGCCAGCAGCCAACCCACCUGGCAAGACCACAAGACAACGAACGAUGCACUGGAACUCGCUUGCUGCCGUUGCGGCGCUUAUGGCACCUGGCGCCACUGCUCUGCUUCGCUUUUCAUGUUCAUCUCUUGUCAUCGAUCGCCUUGACCCCUUGGUCAAUCCGAGCCAGAUGCCCUCCCCGCAUCUGCACCAGAUCGUGGGCGGGAACGGCUUCAAUGUCACCAUGGAUCCCACCAAAGACAUCUCCGACGUUGCGACAUGCACAACCUGCACCUUUGCCGAGGACUUUUCCAACUACUGGACUGCCGUGCUGUUUUUCAAGGCACGAAACGGCACCUACAAGCAGGUGCCGCUGCAGCCCAACAUCGGAUUCGAGCAGGCCAACGGCGGCAUGACGGUUUACUACUCGCCCCAGGCCCGGGGUACCGUCACGGCCUUCAAGCCGGGCUUCCGCAUGCUCAUCGGCGACCCCAAUGCCCGCGACAAGGCCAAGGCGCAGAAAUACCGCCAGCUCACGUACACCUGCCUGCUUACCACGGGCACCAGGUCCGGGGAAACCAAGAACUUCCCGACGAGGCCUUGCCCGGCCGGCAUCAUGGCCAACGUCCGCUUCCCGACCUGCUGGGACGGGAAGAACCUCGACAGCCCCGAUCACAUGAGCCACGUGGCGUACCCAUCCAUGGGCACGUUUGAGAGCAACGGGCCCUGCCCGACAACGCACCCCGUGCAGAUCCCGCAGCUCUUCUACGAGGCAAUUUGGGACACCAGGCAGUUUAACAACAAGUCGCAAUGGCCCGAGGAUGGCUCCCAGCCCUUUGUGUGGAGUCAGGGAGACGAGACUGGUUUCGGCACUCACGGUGACUAUGUCUUCGGCUGGAAGGGCGACGCUCUCCAGAAGGCGAUGACGUCCAACUGCAAUAUCAACUGUCCCCAGCUCAAGUCUCAGUCAAUUGCGCAGGGUAACCAGUGCAACGUUAAGCCUAAGGUCCAUGAGAAUCUCGGUGGGUGGCUCGACCAGCUUCCUGGUAUAGAUGAAUUGUAA